GUAAUUUUCUUCGUUUUAACUUUGUUACAUUUUGAUGAACUUCAAUGAUUAUUUGAAGAACUUUAAAGAAUCAAAAGAGAAGCUGCAGCGCAAACAACGAGACAUUGACUCGACAUUGAGUUCACAGCUUGUCCAUGGAAAAAAGGCAAAGGAGGAAGUCAACCAUUGGCUAGAAGAAGUGGAAGAAAUAACUGGGCCUGUUGCCAAAGAUAUUGAAGAUAAAAUCGAGAAAGGCGGAUGGCUGUUACGUGCUUCGGGUUCCCUAGCAAAGCUUCUCGAAGAAAAGAUUCAAGAAAUGGAACGAUUAUGUGAAGAUGGAAGUAAAUUACCAGAGAGUUUAGUUGUAGAUGAUCCAUCAACCUCAACAACUGAACUGCAAACAUCACAAAUACAAGGCAGUUACGAUGUUAAAGCAGAAAUUUUGGCAUGUUUGAAGGGAGAAGAGGUGACAAAGCUUGGAGUUUGGGGGAUGGGGGGAGUCGGGAAAACAACAAUCAUGAUGCAUGUCCACAAUGAACUGCUGAAAGAAGGUAAAUUCAAUAAAAUAAUUUUGGUAACUGUGUCACAAAACUUUGAAAUCUACAACCUGCAAGAUCAAAUUGCGAGCAGCUUGAAGGAAAACCUAGAUCAGCGUCAAAAUGCAAUUAAUCGUGCAGCAAUGUUAUCAAAGAUGCUAGAAAAACACAAGCCUUUCUUGCUGAUUCUUGAUGAUGUGUGGAGCAGUUUCAACCUUGAAGUUGUUGGAAUUCCUGAGCCAAAUGUUACUAAUGGCUGCAAGUUAGUAUUGACUACACGCUCACAAGAGGUUGCUCGUUCAAUGGAUUGUAGAAGAAUCAAAGUGGAGACUCUUUCAAAAGAUGAAGCUCUAAAAUUGUUUUUAAAUAAAGUUGGAGAUGCAGCUUUAUCAUGUCCAGGAGGAGGCAUUAAAAGGGAUUUAGAAUCAACUUUGAAGGACAUUGUGGAUGAAUGUGAUGGUCUUCCAUUGGCACUUAUUACAGUUGCUGGCAGCUUAAAAGGAGUAUCUGAGUCACGGUUGUGGAGUGUUGCACUGAAUCAAUUGAGAGAUUGCAAAAGAAAUGUAGCAGGUACAGAUGCUGAUGCAUUUCGGAUAUUAAAGUUCAGUUAUGAUCGUUUGGAAAACCAACAGAUCAAAUAUUGUUUCUUAUACUGUGCAUUGUAUCCUGAGGAUUACAAGAUUCUGGAAAAGAAAAUAAUUAAAAACUGGAUUGACGAGGGGUUUAUAGAUGAAAUGGACUCUCGGCAAUCAAUGACGGAUGAGGCUUAUAGUAUUUUGAGGAAGCUUGAAGACAAUAGCUUGUUAGAAUUCAUUAGAGAUGGCUUUCGAGGAGAUUGUGUGAGGAUGCAUGAUCUUAUCAGGGACAUGGCCUUGCACAUUACACAAACGAGCCCUCGGUUCUUGGUUGCAGCUGGCAAGUCAUUGAUAGAGCUACCAGAGAAGGUAAAAUGUACAGAAGAUGUUGAAAAGGUUUCAUUACUGUAUAAUUCUAUUGAAGAAAUUCCAUCGAGCUUUGCAUUUUCAAUAUGCAUAAGGCUCACAACCUUGCUGCUGGCCGGUAACCAAUUGUCAACAAUUCCAGAAUCUGUCUUUGAGCACAUGCCAGAGCUAAAAAUUCUAGAUCUGUCCUUCAAUCUGCAGUUAGGUAGCUUGCCAAAUUCCAUCUCCAAAUUGGUGAAGCUUACUGCAUUGUUGUUGGAAUCAACAUCCUUAGAAAAGGUACCAUCUUUAUCAGGCCUUGGAGCCUUGAAAAGGUUAAACCUGUAUCGGACAAAAAUCAAAGAAGUCCCUGAAGGCCUGGGAAUGUUGAAGAAUUUGAAAUGUCUUUUUCUUUGUGGAUCAGAAAGAGGUUACAAUCUUGAAAUAGAUGAAAUAGCAGAUGGAGUAUUGUUAAAUCUGUCCAAACUUGAGGAACUAAUUGUAAAUUGGAGCAGAAUAAAAUUGAAAGGGGACGUGGUUGGGAGAUUGAAGAAAUUGGAAGUUUUUCAUGGCUGGUUCCCCACUGCGAAUGAAAUGAGAAUCUUUCUCAAAUGUCAACCUAAUAGGCUGGGUGACUAUUUUAUUAAUGUUGGAAGCGAAUUUGUUCUGGAUGAUUCUUAUCAACGAAGUCUGCCAACAUAUGGGAAAAUUAAGAAAAUAGUGGUGUUCAGGAAGACUAGUAUUGUUGGAGAGAAUAUGUUAUUUCCCUCCUCCAUACAAGCAUUAGGUGUUGAUGCUUGCCACGACAUAAGAAGCUUAAAUGAUUUUUCUACCAUCAAUGAUGCAACAAAUUUGAGGGAAUGUAGGAUUCACGGAUGUGAUGGCAUGGAGUGCAUUUUUCCCUCGUGGAUAAACAACCCAGUCGUCCAAACCGUUGAGUAUCUGUAUCUUCAGCGGUUGGACAAAUUGGAUGGGCUAUUUGAAGCAAACAUCAUUGCGAAGUCGUCACCUCCACCUGGGACUUUUUCAUCUCUUACAGGAGUUUUGAUUUAUUCAUGCAAAAAAUUAAAGAAGUUGUUUCAAUCUUGGAAGUUGCUGGAUUAUCUCCAGAGUCUAUGGUGGAUUGAAGUAGUCGGUUGUGAAGAAAUGGAAGAAAUAAUAGCAUCAGAUCCAGAAGAACAAGGAGAAGAAGGAGAGGACAUCAUCAAGAAGCUCAUUCUUCCAAAACUAAAAACCCUGAAAUUGUGGGGUUUGCCUGCAUUGAAGAGCAUCUGUAGCAGGAAGGCAGUAAUGGUAUGUGAUUCUCUUAAAGAGGUUGAAAUUAUGGAUUGCAAGGGCCUAAGGAGGAUUCCUUUUCAUUUCCCUCCUAGUCUACGUCUUGUUUGGUUGGACAACUUGGAUUGGGUGUUCGAAGUAGAAUUGAUUGCCAUGUCACCACCUCAGCCUAGCACUUUUUCAUCUCUUAAAAAACUUAGAAUUAGCCAAUGCAAAGGAGGAAAUAAGUUGUUUCCAUCUUGGAAGUUGGUGGAAUAUCUCCAAAGUCUAGAGAGUAUUGAAUUCUACAAAUGUGAAGAAAUGGAAGAAAUAAUAGGAUCAGAUCCAGAAGAAGAAGGAGGGGACAUCAUCAAGAAGCUCAUUCUUCCAAAAUUAAAAAUGCUAAGUUUACAAAACUUGCCAGCCUUGAAGAGCAUCUGUGGCAGGAGGGCAGUAAUGGUAUGUAAUUUUCUUGAAGAGAUUAGAAUUUGUGAUUGCAAAGGCCUAAGGAGGAUGCCUCUUUCUCUUCCCCUGCUUGAUAACGCCCAACCAUCUCCUCCUCCUCCCACCCUCAAAAAAAUCCUUAUACGUCGACGAGAACUAGAAUGGUGGGAAUCGUUGGAGUGGGAACAUUCCAACGCAAAGGAUCUCCUUCGACCCAUGGUUCAAUUUUUUGGACAAUCCAGGAUUCCACAAUCGGAAUCGAAACAGUCGGAAUCGGUCGAUAAUCCACAAGAUUGAAAGUGGAUCAGGAAGCCGGUUCAUUCAACCAGUCUGUUGUUGCUUUUCCUUCCGAGCUUCAAAGGAUGUCCCUUCUACUACCCUUGUGUGGAUUGUUUUAAUGUGAUUCUUGUGUUUUCAUGCUCUCUCUGUAAAUUAAUUGUGUGAAAAACUUAUUUAGAACACCAUCUGUAUUCUUAUGUAUUUUGUUGCAUUGUUAUGUAUCUUGGUUGUACCAUGUCCAUACAUAAAUAUGUGCUUUCAAU